AUGUGGCAAAUGAACGCCAUCGAUAAAUGCUGUUCGCAAUGCAGCUUCAAGGCGCAGUUUGAGAGCGCUUUGGCGAUGCACCGACAACUCCAUCACGACGCAAACGAUGACGCACUCAUCAAAUUAAAAACUAAAUCGAGCACCAUACCGUUUGUCCGAAAAAAGGAGAGACCGCCGCCUUCCGCUUGCAGCGAGAAGAACGUUUAUAAUCUCUCCGGACGCACGUCAUCCGCGACGAGGCUAUUCGACAAGCUGCGCACGCGGAUUUGCCGGAGCAGGACGCUAUUCGCACACCCCGAGGAACGCGCCGAUACCUUCGUGCAGAGGAACCUCUCGCCCGAGAGCGGCCGCACGUCUAAGAUCUCAAAAUUGGAAUCGACAACAUCCAGUUGUAACACUGCGAUCAUUUCGAGCAACGCACGAAGAGAAAUAUACUCUUGUCAUUUGUGCACAUUUGAUGCCGAUCGCAUAACAGUCUUAGAUCGGCAUCUCCUGAACGACCAUAAAAUUAGCUUAGAGAAUCUCCUCAAGCUGGUUAUGGCAAAAACAAAAGACGGCCUAAGCGACGACCACCUCAUCAUCGACGAAUUCGGCAUUCGACAACCAUAUUAUAAGCCAACAGAUGACAUCAUAGAAGAGGGCGAAUUCCUAGUAGAAACGGUUACACCCAAGAUAAAGAUUCUUAAGCACGCCGGAGUGAACACGGACCUGAAAUGGAAUGACAUACCGGAGUUUAAAACCAACUGUAGGAUGAUUAAGAAGGAGUUGGAGAAGCUGAUAGAGUCUCCGGGAGAAGAGAACCAGAGAGACGAACUACUGGUUAAAAUGCAGAGCCUUAAUGACUGUAUGUGCAAGUUUGUCGACUCGUCCAAUACUUUGAAGAAGGUCCUCACGAAAGGUUUCGAUUCCAAAAAUAGUUUAAGAACUGAACAGUCGAUCGAGCCUGUAUUUGACCUGGGCUUAGGAGAUCAAGAGACACCGCGCGAAUGGGAGAGACCUCACAGUGAGAAAUUAGAAAGAAUUAAAUGCAAGUAUGGGGAGACCAGGUAUGGUUUAUGU